AUGUCUUAUUUCGUAUCAAGACAAUUAAGAAAAAAUGCUAAAGAAAGAUUAAAGAAGUAUAAUGUUGCAACUUUUAGAGAUUUCGGUGUAAUCGUUAACAACAAAGAUAAGAUGGAUAAAAUUAUAAAAGAUUGUUAUAAAGUAUUACAAGAUAAAAUUGAUUCAAAUGACUAUUUUUUUGGAAAUAAGUAA